CACACACACACACACACACACACACCGAAGUCGAGCAUCGCGCCCGCGCAGUCGCGAGACGAAGACGAUGCCGCCGAAGAAGAAGCGCGCCGCGGCGGCGAACGCGGCUCCCGCGUCCUCCGCGAAGAAGGGCAAAGCGCCCGACGCGAAGGCGAAGUCGUCGUUCGAGCUGAAGAUGGGAAAAGUUGACGACGCGUGAUGGGGCGACGAAGACCCGAUGUUCGGCGGGCGAAGACUCGUCGCGAAAUUCGCGCUCGGCCCGAAGAAGACGUCGUUCAGGCUCGAGUUCGAGUUCCAGAGCGACGAGUGCGCGAGCUGCUGGAUGUUUCGAUCGCUCGACGCCCCGCGGUGGGCGAUGUACGCGGACUCGUCCGACAAGCCAUGGGGGCAACAGGAACUGGACCACGCGGUCUGGGGCAAGCCGACGGACGCCGCCAUCGAACGGUUCUUGCGAGACGCGGGGAUCGAGGACGUCGUCGUGGAGGAAGCGAAGGAGGCGAAAGACGCCGCGACGCGGAGGCGGUGGACCUACGCGAAGGUUCUGUGCCUCGCGCGUCGGGCGCUGAUGGAAAAACACGGCGAGGGCGGAUGGGUGGAGGGCGCUGAAAACGGCGUCUACAACGGCAUGGGCGUCCACGAGGACGAGAUCUUAUUCACGUUCGGGUUCAGACCCGCGUUCGGGGUGUGCGGCUUCGUGAACGACGAGGACGACGAGGACGAUGAGGAAUCCGAUUCCGACCGAAGGCACGAGAGGGACUGUUGGCCGACCGAGGGAUCCGACUCCGACCGAAGGCACGCGGGGAAUUGGAUCUGCGCGGAACAACAACAGAAGAAGAACUUCGCGGACGCGCCGGAGACGUGUCGAUCCAGUUACACGGACGAAGACACGGAGGACGCGUGGUUGGCGCGCUUGAAGAAGGAUCGAGCGUAGGUGAACGGACCUCGACGAGGACGCGAGAGAGAAACGCGUACUCGUAUGAUGAGUAAUAAGACGCGACCGAUGAACGAAC